CAGGAACCGCAUUGAAACAAGCAUACAACUCUGAUAUAACCUAGAACCGUGCGAUUGCCUGCCAUGACCCACCAAGUGCUCCUUGAUCCAUCGAAUCCAACUGAUGAAGAUUAUUGUCCUGACGAGUCACUGUUCGCCAUUUACCACUCCACACAAGCCCAAUCUUGCGCGGCUGCUCCACGAAAUUUUAUAGGAGCCCUGCCCAUCGAACUUUUGCUGGCGAUAUUCACCCAUCUUUAUCGGUCAUCUCAUCGUCUCACUCAAACCGGUGAGAUAUGGAGAUUAGACGAACCUCUGUCAUCGUUGUUCCCUUACGCUCCGGCCGCAGUAUGUUCGAUGUGGCGUUUGGUGUUGUCAAGUGUUCCAGAGUUCUGGACUCGCGUAGUCAUCAGAGUCGACUCUCAACAUACACAAAGCCAAGAUAUUCGACAUUAUUUCGAGUGGUCAAGAAAUCUUCAUCUAGAUGUUAUCAUCACCAGACAUCGCGAUGAAUUCGACGGAGAUGACAAGAGGGAAAAGUCAAAAGUCUUCAAAGCGACCCGCGAACUCGUCAGGCAUAUUGAGCGAUGUAGAAGCAUCCGCUUCAACGUGAUGUACAGCUCAUCAUUGCCGUCCAUACUUCACGACUUUCAUCGGGAGACGGCUCCUCACCUGCUUACCUUGGAGCUCAAAUGUAAAGUUGACGAUGGUGGAUCUCCGCCUCGGAAGCUUGUGCACUGGAGUUUUGAUGCACCCGGUCUUCGCCACCUCUAUCUUGAUGCUCGAAAUUUUUUUGAAGUCUGUGUAGACCGUAACAACUGGCUCAGGCGCCUACACUACUUGAGCUCACUUUCAAUUUCCCGCUAUCGCCCCCUUUCAGACAAUGGCAUUGAUUUAUACAAGCUGUUGAGGGCAGUAGAGGAAUCUCCUGGCCUUGAAUUCUUGGAGCUCAAGGAUCUGCACUUCUCUCGCCUGCGUCCUUGGACCACAGUAAAUGAUAUUAGUAUAGACCUAAUAUCUAUGAAUUUGGAGGACCUAUCAGGCGAUGUGCUCUCCGAAAUCAUCGGUUAUGUCGACAGUGUCCCAGAUUCAACUCGCAUUUCUCGUUGCGCUAUCACUACUUGCCACCACUCCCUACUCUCUGGUGGCGUCGCCUUCCGCGGUCUUUCAGACGACCAGAAUUUGAUGGUUCCUCUUGCACAUUGGCGGGGACGCACACUCUCGCUUGUCGAUUGUGAAUGCUUCCAUGAUGAUUUCCUGCGAGACAUGAUGGACGGAGGACCACACGACCAGUCCUUCGCAUGCAAGGGGGUGAAAGAAUUAUACCUUGUCAAUUGCACGAAGUUUUCUCCGAGAUUGCUCAAGACUAUGGUGCGAAAGCGGAGGAAGUUAGCACGCAGAUCCAUUUUCUGGACACACGAUCAAGAAGCUAUUGAUUGGACAUUUCCGAUUGUGGCGCCCAUCACAUUGAUAUCCGUUGAGGGUGGACCAGCGUUAUUCAAAACGGACAGGAAAUGGUUUGAGGAUAACCUUGGGUCGUUUCACUGGGAUGAGCAAGUGUCGCACAUUACAUUCGAGGAUUCUAGCGAUAGCGACUAUGAUAUUCAGGGCGGACAGUACUAGUGGCCUGAAUGACAGUAUUGAUCCAUUCUAUUGAGUAUAUAGUGCUUCAGUAUAGGCAAUAAUUUAUGCUCGCAAAACGAGAAUUGUAGCAGGAAAAAUGGGGGU